AUGUCGCUCUCACGCAAUUCAUGGGUGGAGGAGCGUGUGUCGAGGGAGUGGGUCGGACUUGGUGGGAGUGGUGAAGUUAGUCCUACGGGUGCGGCGGACGAUGCGGAUGAGGAAAGGAGAGGGAGUGUGUCGACGCAGGACUCCGAUCUCGAUCCUCGAUACGUCGUUCCCGCUGCUUCCACGGAGAACGUCGCCGUCGAUAUCGACAUCGACGUUCUAUCACCUUCGAGUCCUCCUGCUCAGUCUUCUGCCCCAGCCGCUGCAAUGAGCGUUUCGAAGGCGGACACCCCCGGAAGUUGCAAUGGAUGGCGUGUCUUUCAGACCUUUAGGUAUUCCAGCCCCUUCGAGGUAUCAGGAGCGGCACCGCCCUGCUCCCUUCCCAUCGCAAACCUCUUCGCAACCCACAACGGCCGUGAGGGUCGGAGACUCGGGAGAGGUAGAUGGAUGCAGGAAGAGGUCUUCAGGGAGGGUGAAAGGCGAAUAGACCACGCGUAUUCCUCACACGUAUCGGCGAACAUCAGGCUUCAACGUCAAGGCCUGCGCCACUCCCGCCUGACCUCAUCCUCCAUCCUGCGCCGCAUCCUCCGCACCCGCUCACCUCCAGCUCUCUUACUCUCCACCUCAGCCGCAAUCGUCGCCCUUUCCGACUCCGCCUCCUCCUACGCCGGCGCAAUUGCAGAUCGCUUUGGAUUCCAGUGGCCGUUGUGGCAGGAGAUGUGGAAGGAAGGGUUGCCGAUCGAGGGUUUCUGUGUCGCUGCGGGAAUUCCAUCCACGGAGAAGGCGGCGGAGAUCAUCGGGGGGUUGAAGGCGGCGGGGAUUAGGCACAUCGCGUUCAAGCCUGGAUCCGUUGACGGCAUUCGCCAAGUCGUCAAUAUCGACGCUGCCAUCCCCGACUUCCCCAUCCUGCUUCAGUGGACUGGUUGGCAUUCCGGUGGUCACCAUUCUUGCGAAGAUUUCCAUCAAACCAUCCUUUCGACCUACCGGUCGAUUCGUCAACACUCGAACGUCAUCCUCGUCGGUGGAUCUGGGUUCGGUGGCGCGGACGAUUUGUGGCCUUGCCUUACGGGCGACUGGUCCGCCGAGUACGACGUCCAGCCCAUGCCCUUCGACGGUUUCCUCUUCGCGUCCCGCGUCAUGGUCGCGAAGGAGGCGCACACCUCAUCGUCCGUCAAGGACCUCAUUGUCAAAGCCUCCGGCGUCGACGAUUCGAAAUGGGAAGGCACGUACGCGAAGGAGACCGGUGGGAUCUUGACGGUGCGUUCGGAGCUCGGCGAGCCGAUCCACAAGAUCGCCACUCGGGCUGUGAAGUUGUGGAAGGAGUUCGACGAUACGGUGUUCAAGUUACCGGGGGAGAAGAGGGAGGCGUGGUUGAAGGAGAGGAGGGCGGAGCCGUGGUUUGGAUGGAAGAAGGACGGGUCUGUCGUCGAUGACCUCGGCGAUAUGACGUACGAGGAGACCGUCCUUCGCUUGGUUCGUCUCAUGUACGUCGACCACAAGGAGCGCUGGGUCGAUAUCUCCUUGAGGAAUUGGACGGGCGAUUGGUUGAGGAGGGUCGAGGAGAGGUUCGCGGGUGUGAAUGGGGGAGGGUUGAAGGCGAGUUUGUUGCAGAACUAUACGUCGUUGGAUACGCCGGCGCCGUUUGUUUGGUUCAAGAAGGACUCGCUCUGGCCCGCUGAGGAUAUCGAUGCCGUCUUCGACCAGGACCCUCAGCGUGUCUGCAUUCUCCAGGGUCCCGUCGCCGUCAAGCACUCCACGGUGAAGGACGAGCCCAUCAAGGAGAUGCUCAACAACGUCACCAACAUCCUCGUCGAGAACCUCCUUGAGCGUACGUACGGUGGAGACGCUGCCAACGUCCCGACUGUCGACUACCUCGGCGCCUUCCCCUCUCUCGUCUCCGUUGCUCGUGGCUUCAACGUCACCGCCGAAGACAACGUCGUCACUUUUUCCACUUCGGCCUCCCCCUACCUCCGAAUUCCUUACAUUCCUCUCCGGUUCAAACCUGAACUGGGAACUUCCUACAUUGACAACCUUAUUCAUCAUCUUUUCGCCCCUGGCCCGAACCAGAAGAUUGUCCUUGAGCUCGUGGACGGUCUCCCCAUCAAGGCUUCCUUCUUCGGUGCUGCUCGUUCCUUCGGCCCGCAGAAGCAGAAGGACAACCACAAGGCCGUCGAGGUCUCGUUCAACACCGAGUCCAAGGUCAUGGACCUUACCCUCUUCGAAUACCGCCAAGAGUCCUCCAUUCCCCUCCACCUUCAGUUCCAGUACGUCCCUUCCCAGCCCUUCACUCCCAUCCACGAAGUCGCCGUCCGUCAUACAACUCACAUCAAAGACUUCUACUGGCACCUCUUGUUCGGCGACUAUGAGAAGCUCCCCUAA